UACUCUGGUUGUGGGCUGGUGGUUCCUGAGAAGCUACAGGGCUGUAAGGUGCUGGAUCUGGGCAGUGGCUCUGGCAGGGACUGCUUCAUCCUCAGUAAACUAGCGGGCCAGAGUGGUCAUGUCAUCGGCAUUGACAUGACAGCAGAACUGGUAGGCUUACAGUGCCACACAAUAUAUUUUGUGUGAAUUCCCUAUCUAAUAUCUUAUCACAAAUGAAACUGUGAAUCACAAGUGAUUUUCAUACUAUGUCCUUUACCCAGAUCCUGGCAUCACACAAAUAUGUCCGGUACCACCAGGAGAAGUAUGGCUUUCUGCUGGGGAUCUAUUCGAGUGUCUUACUGAAGAAAAUCACACACAACACAUUUACAAUGACAAUCCCUCCUCUCCAUCUCCUUUGAGCUAAUAGUCUGUUAAGGGGAAAUGCCUUAUCUAUUUACCAUUUAUUCACUGAUUGGCUCACAGAUUGAUUCAUCAAUUUGUUCCCUGAUUGGUGACCUGAUCGGUUCCCAGAUACCCUGACUAACUGAUGUCUCUGCCUUCUUCCUGCCUGCCUUUAGGUCAAACUGUGCCAUGUGUCUGUGUUCUGACAAGAAGCCGGUUCUCAGGGAGGCUUUCAGAGUGCUCAAGGUAACCUUCACACUCUUUGGUGGUCAGCCAAUAUCUCAGCAUCAUGCCGCAUGCCUCACAUAAAAAUAUAAAAUAUUGAUUAAGUAGCAAUGCUGAAAAUUGGAUUUACAAAGCUAAUUGAUUUACAAAGUGGCAUCAUUUUCAUAAAUAAUUAGCUUUUCCUCAUUUAUCUUUGUUGGUAUGUGAACCUAUCAUUACAACCCACAGUGUGAAAUCAGAUACUCUACUGCCAUCUGCUGAAACUCUAUUGCCAUCUGCUGGAAAAACAAUGAACUUUUGCUUAUGGGGCUAUGGUUUGAUUUGCCUUCACCUGCAACAUUGUAAAACAUUUAUUUUUGUAAAGAUUAGCACCAAAAUAAAUGACCCAAAUAAAACAAAACAAAAAUUCUAAGAUUUGUUAUUGAAUUGUAAAAUAGCUUUCAAUUCAGAUCACUAAACUAUUCCCUCAUAAUAUAUUCCCUCAUCAUAUGAUCUUCAUUCAAUAAUAUAGUAUUUUGAUUGUCUCUUGAGCCUUCUUGUCAGAACUCUGAUAAGUUUUAUAGAUUGGAAAAUGUUUAAUUCAUGUCAAAUCCUAUGUAUUUAUUGAAGGGUGGGGAACUUUACUUUCAUGAGAUAUAUUCCAGCAAGGCUGUUCCGGAACAUUUGAAACAAGACCCAGUUCUGUUGGGUAAACAAGACCCAGUUCUGUGGGGUAAGAAUGCUUGAUUUCUGACAGUUGACAGAGUUAAAAGUUCAAUGUAUGCUAUCUGACAGGAAUAAUGAUGUUGAGCCAAUGCGAGACCCAAUAACACACUGUCCUAGAUACAUUAAAUUAUCAACAACAUAGCAGUGGAGGGGGGUUUGAGUUGGUUGGGAAUUGUUAAUCUAAUGUUGUGUUUUCUGUGUGUUGUGACAGGCGAAGGCUUGAGUGGUGCCCUCUACUGGCGAGACCUGAUCUCUCUAGUGCACGAGGUGGGCUUCAGUACUCUAUACAUUCUCACUGCAAGCCACAACGUAGACCACAAUAUUGAGCUACAGAAGAAUGCAAGUAAGAUGGCACAUUAAUGUCUGCCUCUCAAUAAUCUCAUGAAUAGGACAAUGAGAUGAAAGUAGACUUCAAUGUCUAGCCAGGUGCCACAGUUCCAUUCUCUGUUACCAUCUCUCUUGAGCAUUAUUCUGAAAGAUGAUUGGGUGAGAACAAAGGAAUGCAUUGUUUCAUUUCAACCACUUCCUUUAGCAACUAUCAGAUCAAAACAUCUGUUUCUUUGUUUUCUUGUUCCCCACAGGUGGCAUCACACACACCUCUGCAACUUACCGCCUCUUCAAGUUGCCCAAAAAUAGAAAGCAGAGCGACGCAGUGGUGGCUUACAAAGGAACGGUCUCUGACCAUCCCGACCUAUUGAAGUUUGACAUGCCCCAUUGUUUUGAGGUGUGUGUCCAAGAAAUGUGUCACCAAACUUAUUCCACUGAAAUCUGAGGUUUAUUAAAAAGCUGGCAAGUAUUCCUCUCCUCUUCUCCCUUUCUGGACCUGAGUUUUGCCUCUGAAAGGCUGUGUUUUGUGUUUCUGCUUGAUCCCUACAGACAGACAUAGAGGUAACAGUGGAUGAAGAAAUGGCAGCCGUGAUUCAGCAUUCCUGAUUCUCCUCUGACUUCUCCAUCCAAAGCUCAGUCAAACCUGCACCAAGCCCUAAAUGUGCCCCUCAGGUAAACGCUCUAGUAUAUUUCCUCUAGGCUAUCCAGAAACCAUCAUGCAUUUGUAUAUUUUUCCACCAUACAUAUAGACCAUACCAAUAUGUGCUACAUUACAUAAAGAGAAAGAAAGAGAAAUUCUAAUCAGAAAUUCUUAUCAUUGUAAUUAAUAAAUCCUCAUAAGUUGAUCCUAUGGUCAUGUAUCUGGAAGGGCUACAUGUUCUCUGUUAUGUAGAAUUACAGCACUUUUCAGCACCUUCAUCCCACUCAGGUCACAGCAUCACUCUGAGCAGGAGGAGGCUUACCACACAGCUCAGCCCACUCAGUGUCUCAAAAGCCCUACUGCCGAAUAGAUAGAUAUAUGCAGUCAUCUGCAAGCACCAGUAGCUAAUUCUCUUUCUCUCUCCUCUCUCCUCUCUCUCCUCUCCUUUGUGAUGUGCUUUUCAGAGCUGCCACUUUAAUAACCCCUUCCUACUUGCUGAUAACCUCAAACUCCAUUCAAAGUCCUCCACCAAGAUUGGGAACACUGUAGAACCAGUGGAAAAGUAUGACACUACCAAC